AUGGCUAGCGCUUCUCACCAAGGCGACCGGGCCGGGUCGAUUCCCGGUCUGGGCGCAUGUGAGUUUGGAGCAAGCCGGACAAACGGGUUUUCUCUAGUUACUCCGGCUUCCUCCACAAAAGCUACCGUACACGCUGUGUCGUACGUGCUUGACUAUGACUACGUACCACCACCGGUGCACGCUGUGUCGUACGUGCUUGACUAUGACUACGUACCACCACCGGUGCACGCUGUGUCGUACGUGCUUGACUAUGUCUACGUACCACCACAGGUACACGCUGUGUCGUACGUGCUUGACUAUGUUUACGUACCACCACAGGUACACGCUGUGUCGUACGUACUUGACUAUGACUACGUACCACCACAGGUACACGCUGUGUCGUACGUGCUUGACUAUGUCUACGUACCACCACAGGUACACGCUGUGUCGUACGUACUUGACUAUGUCUACGUACCACCACAGGUACACGCUGUGUCGUACGUGCUUGACUAUGUCUACGUACCACCACAGGUACAGGCUGUGUCGUACGUGCUUGACUAUGACUACGUACCACCACCGGUACACGCUGUGUCGUAUGUGCUUGACUAUGUUUACGUACCACCACCGAUACACGCUGUGUCGUACGUGCUUGACUAUGUCUACGUACCACCACAGGUACACGCUGAGUCAUACGUGCUUGACUAUGACUACGUACCACCGCCGGUGCACGCUGUGUCCUACGUGCUUGACUAUGACUACGUACCACCACCGGUACACGCUGUGUCGUACGUGCUUGACUAUGUUUACGUACCACCACAGCGGACACAGCGUGAAAACGCGGCACGAUGUGCGAGACCAAAACGGAGCAUAGCGCAGCACAACGUGUCAACAAACGCAACAGGACGCAUCAACCGGCGGGACGCGCAAAGUUCACCUUCUAAUACGUUUUAG